AUGGGUUUAACAGUGCCUUUUAAGCAAGUUGACGUAUUCACCGAAGUUCCGUUUAAAGGAAACCCAAUUGCGGUGAUAAACUUCUUAGAUAUUGACGAAAGUGAAGUUACCCAAGAGCAAUUACAAGCAAUUGCCAUUUGGACAAACCUGUCAGAAACAUCUUUUCUAUUUAAACCAUCUGAUGAAAAGUACGACUACAAACUAAGAAUCUUUACCUCACUAUCUGAAUUACCAUUUGCUGGUCAUCCAACUAUUGGUUCUUGUAAGGCUUUCCUUGAGUUUACCCAGAAUACCACUGCAACUUCGCUCGUUCAAGAAUGCAGAGCGGGAGCUAUCCCAUUAACAGUCAACGAGGGACUGAUCAGCUUCAAAGCUGCGUUAUUUGACUUCGAAGGUAUAUCUGAUGAAGUCAUUACUGGUUACGAACAAUCACUUGGCUUAAAAUUCAUUGCGGCUCCAGCACUGUUGCGCACUGGACCAAACUGGGUUGUUGCUUUAGUAGAAGACGCAGAAACUUGUUUCAACGCCAAUCCGAACUUCACUAUGCUCACAGAGCAAACAAAACAGAAUAAACAUUGUGGAGUUAUUUUGGCAGGUGUCAAGAAGAAUGCAUCAAUUAAAAACUCAUAUGAAAUGAGGGCAUUUUCUCCGUUGGACAAGGUCGAUGAAGAUCCUGUUUGCGGAAGCGGUUCUGUGGCACUUGCGAGAUAUUUACAAGAACUUUACAAGUUCGAAGAAACCACGAAGAUUACCAUUUCUCAAGGUGGAAGAUUGGGAAGGGAUGGCCAUAUUGUAGCUAGCAUUAUAAAAGAGACGGAUGGUAGCACUUCAUACCAUGUAGCGGGCCAUGCGAUAACUGUUGUCAAUGGCAAAAUUACACUUUAA